AGUAAUGAUCCCUCUAUAGAAGCAACUGUUACACCAUCAUCGGCCCAAAAUGAGGUUAGUUUACUUGAAGAUGAAAACUAGAGUCCCCCCCCUUCGCCAGCUGCUCAUGGAUCAGUUUCACAAUACACAAACGCUGCACCUUCGUUUCUAUCGACGGCUACAAUGGCAUCAUCAGUGUCGUCUUAUAAUACUGAUAUGGUUCACCCAUGUAACAACCGAAAUCUUACUUUUCCAAGACAUCACUCAACUGGUAUUAUUGGUGUAGCUAAUUUUAUGGCAUAUAAUUCUGGUCCUGGAGCACAGUGCAGCUACGCACGUCUUUCAAAUUCAAGUCAACAUCGUAACGAUUUGCCUGCCUUGAUAACUGAGGGCGAUUUUGGAUUUUCUCAUGAUAACAGUCUGGGGUCUGAUGCCGACACCGAGGGUGGAGCAUCUGCAUUAGAUGCCGGUAACAGUCAUCUUUCCGAAAUGAUGCCGGAUGUAGCUAUGGCUACGGCAUCGUUGGGACAGCUUCAUUUGACAAAUAGUGGAUCUGGGUGUAUUUCCACUAGCACACGCGCAUCAAUUAUUAAUAACGAGGUACCAGAAAGCUUGCAAUUGGAUUUAGGCGAUGGUCCAAGCCCCCAUGUCGUUGGAACUGCAACAAGUAGUAUUACUAUACGUAAUAUUCAGCAACUGCCUCAAAAUAGUUACCACCAUUUUAGGCAUCGUUCAAAUUCACCUAUUGAAAUCCUGCGACAAGGGCAGGCCUCACCUACGUUGCAUCGCGAACAUUCCGGAAUGUUUAAUUCCGGUCCUCCCAGAUUUUUAUAGAGGCUGCAAAUUGGACCGACCAGGAAAAAUUAUUUAAGCAUGCCUUUCCGAGUAGAAUCCAAUAUAACUAUCCGCAAAGCUUAGAUAAUUAAAUAAAAUACUUAUAAAUUAUAAUCAAUUUCUUUUUAUCAUUGUAUGUAUAUUGAAAUAUAUGUGAAUUUGUUAACUCGUGUUGUAAA